UGACUUCACAGCUGAUUUCCGUGGAUGGCGUGUUUUCGCAGGAUCAGAUGUUCGUCCUUACCUCGGCGAGGCAUGAAUGCGCCUCUCAUCGCAGUCGAAUCAGCCGUGGCACACUGACACACAGCUUCCCCCCCUGACAGCAGACCAGUACAGUCGCCAUGGCCCAGGCUGCACAGAUGAACGUCCUCGACAUCAACACUCCUCUCCGAGUGGAGCACGACAAGAAACGACGACAAUUCAGCAUCCGACUGAACGGUUCCCAUGACAGGGCUGUUCUGUUGUAUGAAUAUGUGGGGAAGAAAACAGUGGAUCUGCAGCAUACCGAGGUUCCUGAGGCUUACCGAGGACGAGAGAUUGCCAAACACCUUGCUAAGGCUGCAAUGGACUUCGUGGUAGAGGAGGACCUGAAAGCCCAUUUAACCUGCUGGUACAUCCAGAAAUACGUCAAAGAAAACCCUCACCCCCAUUACUUGGAGCACAUCCUCCACUGAGAGCAAGAGUUGGGGCUCGAUUCUGAUUUGGGAUUGGGUGGGAUGGGUAUCUUUUGGGAUUCCCUAAUCUGUCUGACUGGUCUUGAAACUCCACAAAAGAAAGAGAUUUAUUUUUUUGUUUGCGAGCGAGUGCGAUUUAAGAAGGGCAGAGGUCUGAAACUCCUAAAUGUUUUCUUAGGACAGAUAAGAGUGUGGACUUUUUUUCAAGCCAAUCCAGAGAAGUGAGAGAAUUAUGACACCCGUUAUGAACUCAAAAUAUCAGCUAUUUGAUAUGAUCAUAAGAGUGACGUUAGACUCCAUAUGCCUCUCUGGCCUUACACCUUCAGAUUUAGCGGUGCUCACGAGAGAAAUACACACGUGCUUGUGUUCCCACAUGCGCAGAGCGUGCACACUCAGCCUGGCGUGGAGUUUUAGGGACGCCGGAAGUGUCAGAAACGACUAUUUUAUUCUGUGCAUGUUCUAGGCUGAUCUUGUGCUUUUGCAUGUGUGUGUCUGUGUAUACUAUGGCCAGUGAAGAGCUCAGACUCUGGAGACAAUCGCCUGCCCAUAUAUUCGCAGGGCUGAACUUCUCAGGAUGCACACUUUAUAAAAACAAUAAAGCACCUCUGCAUAGAGGAUUCUGUUACAUGUGGUUGGAUGUGUGUGUGUGUGUAUGCGUUGAAUAACCGAGUGUAUGAAUGAAUGGCAGUGUAUGUUAGUUGCUCCCAAAAUUCCCAGGGGUCUUAUUAAAAGUCAUUUGAUGAACUGCCUUGAGCAAGAUGGGUUGUUUCCAGGGUAGGCAGCACACGGAGCAGACCAUCAUGCCAUGCUCUGUGCUGACACCAUUGGUGAGCGUGAGCUUUCUGGUUGAUGAUAAUGAAGGUCAUCUUUUUUAAGUAAAACAACUGGGCUCUGUUAUGUCAACUUUGAUGUAAUACAGACUAAAGAUGCCUGAAAUUCAUCUGUUUUUACACACUUAUGUACUCUUAGUAUUACUAUUCAUGGUUUUGAAUAAAAAAAAUGAAG